GUUGCCCCGGGGGCGACGGGCCGUUCCGGCGGCAUGUGGAGGGCGCUCGGCGCCCGCGCCGCGCGGAGCCCCCGCGGAGGGACCCCCGGGACCCCCCGAGCAGGGACCCCCGCAGGGACUCCCCGGGCCGCCCCCGCCGCGCUGUUGGCCCGCCAGUGCAGCUGCGUGACGGUGCACGGGGCGCGGCGGGCUCGGCGGGCCUGGCCCCGCGGGCACGGGGAGGGGACGGCGGCGGAGGGAGGAGGAGGAGGAGGAUCAGGAUCGGGAUCGGGAUCGGGCUGGGGGGGGUGGUGGCGGGGAGCGCUCCGCGGCCGCCCCGCCCUCGCCGGCCCCGGGCGCCUGAUGGCCGCGCUCGCCGGGGUGUUCGUGUGGGACGGGCGGCGCAUCGAGGAGGAGGAGCUGCGGCGCUCCGCGCAGGAGAUGAAGCACAUGGAGAACCUGUCCAGCCUGGCCCAGGGCAGUGGCCCCAUGGAAUUCCAGCCCUCGGAGCGGGAGCAGCCCUGGGAGCUCAUCAUGGACAAGAAGCACUUCAGGCUGUGGCGGAGGCCGAUCCAGGGAUCCCACCUGUACCAGUACCGAGUGUUUGGAUCCUACACGGAUGUGACUCCUAGGCAGUUCUUCAAUGUCCAGCUGGACACGGAAUAUCGGAAGAAAUGGGAUUCCCUGGUGAUCAAACUGGAUGUGAUCGAGCGGGACGUGGCCACGGGCUCCGAGGUGAUUCACUGGGUCACCCACUUCCCGUAUCCCAUGUAUUCCCGGGAUUACGUCUACGUCCGGCGCUACAACGUGGACAAGGAGAACAACCUGAUGGUGCUGGUGUCGAGGGCUGUGGAGCAUCCCAGCGUUCCCGAGGAUCCCGAGUACGUCCGGGUGAGGACCUACGAGUCCCAGAUGGUGAUCCGACCCCACAAAACCUUUGAUGAGAAUGGGUUCGAUUACCUGCUCACCUACAGUGACAACCCCCAGACCGUGUUCCCGCGCUACUGCGUCAGCUGGAUGGUCUCCAGCGGAAUGCCGGAUUUCCUGGAGAAACUGCACUCGGCGGCCCUGAAGGCCAAGAAGAUGGAGCUGGAGGUCCGGGAUUACCUUUCCAAGGGCUCAGACACGGCCCCGGAGCCCUGUGGCCCCGCCCAGCUGGAAUAUGCCUGAGGCGCUGGAAUUCUGGGAAUUGCCUCGGACAGGGACCUGUGCUGUGGGAUUUCAGCCCCAUUUUCCCUCCCCAUCCCAUUCCCGAUGCUCAAGGACAGGGAUUUGUUCCCCCUGCUGCGUGUCUGUGGUGGAAUCUGCGUCUCCUGGUCGAUGUUUCCUCAUCCUAACAGGGAAAACCCAUGGAAUUCCCACUUCUUCUGGCAGUGGGUUCUCCCCACUCCUCAUCCCUGCUCAGACUGGAAUGUUUUCGGGAUGCGGUGGCACCACAGGGAUUGGUGAUGGUGCUCCACGUCACCAUUUCCACGGGGUUUUCCCCCCAGAAACAGCCCUUUGAACUCAUCCCUUUGGGAUUUCUGGGACUGGGAGUUGGGAUUACUGGGAUGGGGGUUGGGAUUUCUGGGAAGGGGUGUUUGAACUGGUGAAACUGGGGAAAAAAAGGCAGUUUUGGGGGGGUUUUAGGGAUUGGGGGGCACUGGUGCUGCCCUGGGUCACCCUGAGCCCCCUCCCCAGUUUGGGGGGUCUCCGUCGGCCUUGGGAAUCUGGGAAAACAGGAGGAGCAGAAAACUACUUAAUAAACAUCUAGGAUCUUCAUUAGCUCCUAAUUGACGACCCCCCUUCUCCCAGUCACCAGUUUGGGGGGGUUUGGGCCCCCCUUUAAUCAUCGCUCUAAAUUCUCACUUUAUAAUAAAUUUAUCCUAAUUUUAUCA